GUGAAUUUUAAAUGCGUUUGGUGGAACAGAAAAAAAAACAAUAUGUGUAUGAAUGUUUAUUUCUUUAUAUGCCGCGUGUUCUGCCGGGGUUGAGUGUUGUUUGGUGUCGAUGCGCCUCCGUGAAUUCCUUUUUGACGAAAAAUCCACCAGCCAAACACCCAAAGUUGGUGGCUAAACCAAGUGCAAGAAACUCCACAAAGCAUCAAACACAUGGAAAUGCUGAAUAUGGGUGGCGUAUUGAUUAAGUGCACGCAAUUUGCUGUUGCAGUGAUGGUGUCGGCACAAAAAAAGGGGGAAGCCCAUGGUUAGAUGCACUUGAUAUAAAGCCAUGGUACUUGAGGUAGGUUGGGCAGACAGUGGUGAACAGUGACUGAGUGAAGUGUGAAUCUUCAGCACCGCAGAGGAAUUCCACGGUGACCUUAGGCAAGAUGGAAUUAAAACUUGCGCUGUUGACGACUCUUGUGUGUCUUAUUGCUUCACUCAGCUUAGCCGAGGGCGGAAAAGGCAAGAGAGUUAAGAUUCACGUACCUGUUCAAAUUAAGCAUCAUAGACACACUCACACCAUUAUUAAAAAUAUCCACCACCAUCACAAACCGACUGUUAUUAAGGAAGAGAAGAUCCUCAAGCGCCGUCCACCACCUCCUCUUUCGAAGGAAGACAUCGCUCAUGAGCACUUCCAUCAUCACUACAAACACGAUCAUCCUGUGAUUGAGCUCGAGUCCAAUGAUAAUCCAAUUCAGCUCGACUUACUCGAUAAACCCCAUCGUAUACCCAUAAGGAGUGAUGAUUUGGAUAAACCUCUUCGUGUGGGCUUGCCUGAGAAGCCCCUCCGUGUUGGUUUACCUGAAAAACCUCUCCGUGUUGGUUUACCCGAGAAGCCACUUCGUGUUGGUUUACCAGAUAAGCCCUACCGUGUGCCAGCACCCGAAAAACCUCUUCGCCUAGGAGGCUCAGCUGAAAAACCCUUCCGGGUGGGAUCAUCUGAGAAACCCAUUCGCUACGGAUUACCCGAUAAGCGCUAUCGUCCCUCAUCCUCCGAGAAGCCACUCAGCUUUGGUUUCUCCGAGAAACGUAUCCGGUACAAAAUACCCGAGAAACCCGUACGCUUUGGCCUAUCCGACGAUGACAUCACAACAGAAUCCACUGAGGACUUCUUCGAGAAAGCCCGCAAGGAGUUGGAGAGAAAAUUCAGUUCAACCGACUUUAAGCACGAAACGAGAUUCUUUGGCAAUGCCAACACUAUAAACAGAAAAAAUUGGCCAUUUGAUUAGUUAUCAUCUUAACAACUACACAACCACCCCCCCCCCAAAACUCCCCCACAGUCCUGCAUUUUUGCCGCAGGACGUGUAAAUAAAUUUUUACUAUGAAACAAAAAAAAAUCUGUUAAAAAAUACUCUUAGCCAAGUAUUGAAAUUUUAACAUGUGUUGCCUGUAAGAUGAUGAUUGUGAUAGGAUGUCCCUUGCCUAUAGAAGACUCCCUCCUGUGUGUGAGUGUGUGUGAGAAAUGCGAAUUAAAAAAAAACCUGAAGAAAAAGACAAUAAAAAUAAUGAAACAUUAAA